CUCCCGGGUGCUGUCACGCUCCUUCUGCCUGCACCAGGAUGUGAUGAACCUGGCCUGCGCCAACACCACCCCCAGUGUGGUAUACGGCCUCACCGCCAUCCUGCUGGUCAUGGGGCUGGAUGCCAUCCUCAUCUGCCUCUCCUAUGUCCUCAUCCUCAAGGCUGUCUUGCGGCUGGGAUUGUGGGAGGGGAGGGGCGAAGCAUUGUGGAAGGAGAGGCUGAAGGUGUUCAGCACCUGCAUUGCCCAUAUCUGCGUGGUCCUGGCCUUCUAUGUGCCCCUGAUUGGGCUGUCCGUGGUGCACAGGUUUGGGAAGGACCUGGCUCCACUGGUCCAUAUCAUCAUGGGGCACAUCUACAUCCUGGUGCCCGCUGUGCUCAACCCCAUCAUCUACGGGGUGAGGACCCAGCAGAUGCAGAGGAGGAUCCUGAAUUUAAUUCAUAUACACAAUGACAGAACUGCCCAUUGA